AUGUUAUCAUCCUUACGUUAUUCAAUUAAACCUAGGUUUAUAAGAACCUAUGCAUUAUCAGCCCAAGCUAAAGCUUUGAUUUCAAAGCCAGUUCAAGAAGUUGAUCCUGAAAUGGCAGAAAUCUUAAGUUUAGAAAAAGACAGACAAAGAAAUAGUAUUACUUUAAUUCCAUCAGAAAAUUUUACUUCAAAAGCUGUCAUGGACUUAUUAGGUUCUGAAAUGCAAAACAAAUAUAGUGAAGGUUACCCUGGUGAAAGAUAUUACGGUGGUAAUCAAAUUAUUGAUAUGGCUGAAAGUUUAUGUCAAAAGAGAGCUUUAAAAGCUUUCAAUUUGAAUGAAGAUGAAUGGGGAGUCAAUGUUCAACCAUUAUCUGGAGCCCCAGCUAACUUGUAUGCUUACAGUGCUAUAUUAGAAGCUGGUGAUAGAAUUAUGGGUUUAGAUUUACCUCAUGGUGGUCAUUUAUCUCAUGGUUAUCAAACUCCAACUACCAAAAUUUCAUAUAUUUCUAAAUAUUUCCAAACCAUGCCUUAUAGAUUAAACGAAUCUACUGGUUUGAUUGAUUAUGAUACUUUAGAAGCUAAUGCUAUCUUAUUCAGACCUAAAGUUAUCAUUGCUGGAGCUUCAGCUUAUUCCAGAAUUAUUGAUUAUAAGAGAAUGAGAUCAAUUGCUGAUAAAGUUGGUGCUUACUUAUUAAGUGAUAUGGCUCAUAUUUCCGGUUUAGUUUCAGCUGGUGUUACUGAAAGUCCUUUCCCUUAUAGUGAUAUUGUUACUACCACCACUCAUAAAUCUUUAAGAGGACCAAGAGGUGCUAUGAUCUUCUUCAGAAAAGGUGUUAGAAAAGUUACUAAAAAAGGUAAAGAAAUUAUGUAUGAUUUAGAAAGAAAAAUCAAUUUUUCAGUUUUCCCAGCUCAUCAAGGUGGUCCACAUAAUCAUACUAUUUCAGCUUUAGCUGUUGCUUUAAAACAAACUCAAGAACCAGAAUACAAACAAUAUCAAAAAGAAGUUGUUGAAAAUGCUGCUAAAUUUGCUGAUCAAUUAAAAGCUAAAGGUUUUGAUUUAGUUAGUGAUGGUACUGAUACUCAUUUAAUUUUAAUUGAUUUAAGAUCCAAGAAAAUCGAUGGUGCUAGAGUUGAAGCUGUAUUAGAAAGAAUCAAUAUUGCUGCUAAUAAAAAUACUGUUCCAGGUGAUAAAUCCGCUUUAUUCCCAUCAGGUUUAAGAGUCGGAACUCCAGCUAUGACUACCAGAGGUUUUGGUGAAGAAGAAUUCGAAAAAGUUUCCCAAUAUUUCCAAAGAGCUGUUGAACUUUCCAUUGCUUUAAAAUCUCAAGAAGUAGGUGAUUCUCCUAAAGAAUUAUUAAACAACUUCAAACAAUUAGCCGAUGAAAGUGCUGAUGUUAAACAAUUAGCCGAUGAAGUUGCUCAAUGGGUUGGUAAAUAUCCAGUUCCAGGUGAUUUAUAG